AUGGACGCGGCGAUUGAUCUGUCGGACACCUCGAAGGCGCUGGACCUGGCGAAUAUUCGCUUCCAGCUGAUUCGCCUAGAGGAUACCAUUACGUUCCAUCUUAUUGAACGCGUGCAGUUCCCUCACAACAAGACGAUCUAUGUGCCCGGCGGCGUCAAGAUCCCCGGUAGCGAGCUGAGUCUGAUGGACUUUCUGCUGUACUCCCAAGAACAGCUGCAGUCUCGGGUGCGUCGCUACGAGUCCCCCGACGAGUACCCCUUCUUCCCCGAUGCUGUCGAGAAGCCGAUUCUUCAACCUCUCCAAUACCCCAAGAUCCUUCAUGAGAACGACGUGAACGUCACCGCUGUGAUCAAGGAACGCUACGUCCAGGAAAUCCUGCCUGCCGUGUGCCCCAAGUUCGGCCGCGAAGACCGCGGGGAAACCCAGGAGAACUACGGUUCGUCGGCAACCUGCGACGUCAAUGUGCUGCAGGCACUGUCGCAUCGGAUCCAUUUCGGCAAGUUCGUCGCCGAGUCCAAGUUCCGCGAGGAUCCAGAGACCUUCGUCAAGCUCAUCAAGGCCGGCGACCGCGCGGGCAUCGAUGCCGCCAUCACCAACAAGAUGGUCGAAGAGAAGGUCCUCGCCAGAGUCGCUCUCAAGGCCAGAACCUAUGGCACCGACCCCGCCUUCCCGGACGAGACUGGGCCGAAGAUCGAUGGCGAGGCUGUCCUUAGAAUGUUCAAGGAAUUUGUCAUUCCUCUGACCAAGGUGGUGGAAGUGGAGUACUUGAUGCAACGCCUCAAGGGAACUGAAUGGGAGUAA